ACGGCAGCAGCAGCAGCAGCUGCUGCUGCUAUGCUGAACUGCACGAACGUCGAUGAAACUCACCGGAAUCUUCAGGCUGUGCUGCAGUAUCUGAAGACUACGGGCUUUGCGUCUGCCGCGGCUGCGUUAGAGGCCGAGAGCGGCGUGGGGUAUAUCCCGCAUUUCUUCGAAUUUACAGAUGCCUGGCUUCCCCCAAAGCCUCAGCAGCAGCACCAACCACCCCCGCCGCCACCGCGUUCUCCAGAGGACGCCGAGGAAGACGCCGAUGCGCUGCUGAUGAAGCAGCUCCUCAGGGGGAGGCCAGUUCUCGCUGCAGCGAUGACUGCGCUCGAGCAGCAAGCAUGCAUCUUGCGUGGCGACAGCAAGACGAGUUGCACUGUUCACGCAGCACAGGCGAUCGCACCAACAAGCAGCUCCCUGACAAGAGUGCGACUCGAGCCACAAGACCUUUUUGAGAGCUUCGAAGUGCUGCAACCGCUCAACGGCUUUCAGGUACUGCCCCCUCAGGAAGGCGCGUGGCAGGCAGAGGAGCAGGAGGAGAAGCAAGAGGAGAAGGAGGAGGAGGAGGAGUUGGCAGCAGCCGCAGAAGCCGCUGUGGCUUCGGCUGUAGCAGCAGCUUGGGGAAAACUGAAUGAGCAGGAGCACCGCUGCUGUUGCACUCACGCACUUCGCCUUCUCGAGAAAAACGGCGCGCAGGUUGCGAGCAGCGCGGGGACAGACAGUGUCUCGACAGACGCAGUGUAUGUCCAGCGGCACAACCUGCUUUGCUGCACCUUCGUGCCGGAAGAUGCGAACUUGUCGGACAGAUCUUCCUCCCCCACCAGCAGCAACGCGCUGCUUGCAGUAGGGGGAGCUGACAAGGCCGUUUGUCUUUUGCAGAUAAGUUGUGAUCCUCCCCUUGCGAGCAGCAACAACUACAACAAGGCUCUCAGCAGCAGCAGCACGAGCGCCGUUGUUUCCUGUGAAGUGAUCUGCCAGUGGACAGGCCUUACUUCCCCCCCCAUCUGCAUGGCUGUUUGCACGAGGAGCAAUCAGGGUAGCCGCAAAAGCAGCGCACCCUGCUGUACAGACACCCCAGGUGCCUUGGCGAGGUCACCUUUCCUCCUAGCCGCAGGGGUUCUCGAUGGCGGUAUUUUCUUUCUUCAAUGGGAGGAGGAGGAGCAGCAGCAGAUCGCCUCCGGAGCCUCAGUACCGACGAAAGGCUGCGUAUUGCAGCAUCUGAAGGUGCACAGCAAAGCAGUGGUUGGCAUCGAGUUUUCUCAUGAAGGGGAUACACUUGUUAGCAUCUCUAGAGACGGAUCGAUGGCGGUGUACAGACAGCAGAGCACCUCCGGCUUGUUUGACGUGCUCUUCCACCACGACUUUCAGGGAGGCAUCUGCAGCGCGUUGUGCUUUCUCUCCGACAGCGGGGACAAAGUUGCAAUCGCGUUGCACGAGGCACUUGUUGUUUCAUGUUUUGACGUGAAGACGCUGCGGCGGGAGUCGGAGGUGUUUUGCAUCGAAGAUUUAGGGCAGCUGCCGCAGCGGCAGCGUCUGCAGCGGCAUCUGCAGACGCAGUCGUGUGGCGUUUCGGUGCUUCGUAUGGCCGCUGAAAAGAAGAAGGGGUGGCUGUGUGCAUGCCUGAGCACAGGCAUUGUGCUUGUCUUUUGCAUACACACACAACGGCAGGCUGCUGGCGCUGAGGUGUUGGUGUUCGCGCUGCGUGAAGCAGCAGCGAACCCAAGCGCCGGUGUACGUACACCUGCGGCGCUGCUGCCGCCUUCCGCUGCUGUUGCAGUUCUUCGUGGACCGAGGCAGCCAGUCAAGGAUUUGGCAUGCCACCCCAGUUUGCGUCUUCUCGCUGCAGUCGGCUUGAGCAAGGCAGUGUAUCUUUUCGCAUAG